UUUCGACGAACGAGGUUGAUGACCAUCUACCUCUUUGUCACGUAUCUUGAAAUUGCUGAGACGACAUUCGCCAAGGAUAGACGAAGCGGUGCGGUGUUUGUCUAUGACCUAUCGCAACACUUGAGAAAUAAUUUGAAUAUCCAAUCCCUACGUCUCACAUCCUCCAUCGAUACGUAGAGCACAAUGGACAAGGACUGCUUUCCGGAACACGAAGCAUUGAUGUCUGACUUUACGACGUGGCAGAACAAAAAUCCUGGGAAAUUUUCCUGCGAGGGGAAAAGUGUUACUGAAGAUGGUCGUCUAGUUUUUGAUUUAUCGAUACAUGAUACCAAGUUCCGUUUACUUUGUCCUGCUGGUUAUCCGAAGCACGAAGACAGCUUCUACGUGGAAACAGAGUGCACGGAUUUCUGGUGCAUCGCCCUAAACGAAUUCAUUAUAGAUUUUCCAGAGAAAUUAACCAUUGGGGCUAUAUUAGCAAAGGCAUUUCUAUACUACACACCUUCCUCUGAAAAUUGUCGUCACGACAGUUCUGACCUAGAAUCCGAUAACGAGGACGACGUUGAUAUCUCGAGCUCGGAAGAUUCUGACUCGAGUGAAAUCACUCAGUGGGAAUGUAUAAUUUCUAAAAAGAAAAGAGAGUGGAGAGCAAAGGAAGGAGAGCUGAGACUGAAAUACAAUCGUCCAAAAAUAUCAGACAUGUUCGACAGUGUUAGCAUGGAGCAUCCUCAACAAGUUUUUAGCAAUUCAGCUGCCUCCGCCAUUCUUAUCAACGAUCUGAUAAACAUAAUGGGCAGCGAAGUGUCUAGCGGUAUAGUUGUCGAUCCGAUAGACAAUAACAUUUGUAGAUGGUCUGUAUUCUUGAAAAAUUUUCGUCCCAAGUCAAAAAUAUCACAAGAUCUAAGAGUCGUGAAGCAAUUGUAUGGAUAUGAUCACAUUCAGUUAGAACUUGGCUUUGCUAUGGAUUUGUAUCCGUCUCAUCCUCCGUUUCUUCGAUUUGUCAGACCAAAGUUGAAGGGUGUAUUCGAUCAAGAAGACUUCGUCAAACUAGACAACUGGAAUCCGGCAAGGAAUAUGGCAUCUGUGCUUAUGGAAAUCAAAGAUUAUAUUGACAAUAACGGAACUGUCGAUAUUCACAAUAGAUAUAAUGGCAUCAGAGUUGGGGUUCUGAAAAAAAUUUUACUCGAACUUACCGAUGCCCUGACCAGCGAGCCAGCCUAUGAAUUGAACACAAGUAUUAAUGCAACAGAAAUCCGAAGUGCCGGAUCAUUAUCACCUGAAUUCCAUCUUCUGCCGUUGCUCGAUAUCUUCAAAAGGAAAAACAAUGAGAUCGAAUUGAUUCUUAUAAGAUUUUUGAACUGUUUUCGAAACGAAUGCGACAACUUGUCUCUGAAUUGCGUGACGCCUGGUUGUCCAACAACUCAUUCAUACUUCACUUUCAAUCUUACGUUGAAUGGCAAUCUGUUCGAUGAACGGAGCCUUGAGGAAUCGACUAUUUGUAAGCCUUCCUGUUACUCUUCGCUGAUAUUCAAGACCAUCAAUCGGCUUAUGGAGAAUGAAAAUAUAGCUACACAAAGUUGUUCUUCAAAACACAGAACGCCAGAUAUUCGUUCAUCCGACCGGAAUCGAUGUAACAUUAUCACAAAUCCGUCGUUUGAAUUAGGGUCUCAGUCACAAUGUGCACCAAGAUUACAAAACAGAAAAUAUUCGACCAAGAGUAUCCCCAUUGGUAAAUUUAUUUGUUCCGCAAGCAAUUCUAGUACAAAUAGCAUAAAUAAUCACAGCGUAAUCGAACAACGAAACGAACCACUCAUCAACCAGAUGGACAAUGAUAUCGUGUCUACUUUCAUUGCCAACGUUAAAACUCCGAAAGAAUUAUCUCUAACGGUAUCGAAUGAAUCGCUUCUUCUACUGAAUAGCAACUUUUACUGCGUUGUAAAAAUUAUUGAAGAGUCUGUGCUGCUUCCGUUCAUUAAAUCCAAACUAUGCAUAGACACAUUUUUCGAAAUUUGGCUCUCGAUACCUCUUUAUUCAAGGAUUAUUGAUAUACUAAUUGAACUGGCAUCGUAUCCAGAGCUUAUCGAUUUACUGACUACUACCGAUGCGCAAGAUAAAAGUAUAGCUGAUCUCAUGAAAAUUCAGGAAGAGAAUAUCACAUUGAUUUUGGAUAUUCUAACGGGUAUUCAGGGUGAUCAUCCCAUUGUCCAAGCGAAUCUGAAAAAAAUACAGCUGGCAACAAAUAUAAUUGCUGCUUCUAAGUUUAUCGAAUCAAGCCUAUCGAAUCAAUGCAGCAGAGUAAAGACUGGCAACGAAUUCUCGAUUUCGAAUGGACUGAUUUCGAAUACCGACUCUAAUAGUCAUCAAGUCAAAAGCCUGGAUCUCGCUUACAGAGAGUCACUGAAAACCCUUCAAUUUCGUAACUGUGAUAUUGACUUGGAAACUCACACUUUCAAAAACGAUUACAUUGCCGACAUCGGAUCACCCAGAAAUUAUUUUCGUAUGGCCCAAGAGUUGGCAGUUUUGUCGAAAACUCUUCCACUGGAGUUGAAUUCGGCGAUAUUCGUCAGGAUGGACAAUUCAAAAUGUUUUCUAAUGCGGGCGUUGAUCACUGGAAAUGAGGACACUUGCUGCAGCGGAUGCUGUUUCAGUUUUGACAUUUAUGUGAAAAAGGAUUACCCCAAUAGUCGACCAGAAAUCAGCUGCACCACCUUUCCUGAUGGAGAAACUUGCUAUCCUGCGUACGAUGGAUUCUUGGAUACACUUGGUGAAGAUAUCUCUACCCAUGACGGUGACACGUGGACCAACUUCUCAACUAUUUUGCAGUUGCUAACGUUCAUCCAAACCAAGUAUCUCCCUCUUCGACUAUCCGGUGAAAAUUUGAAAUGCAGAAUCGGCUGGGGAUCAGGGAUUUCCAAAGAAGUGUUAAUAACAAACAAUAUACAGUUCGGUAUGAUUGAUCUAAUGCGCAAGCCAACACCUGGAUUUGAAGAAGUCAUAGCAACACAUUUUCGUUUAAAGAGAGAUCAAAUACUUUCCGAAUUCGAACAAUAUGAGUUCCUGCGAAACUCUGAGACACUCAACUCUCUCAAGAAAGAGUUUCACCGUCUUACCUGCAGCCAAGGAAACACACUUCAGUGAUUUAAAAUUAUAACAUCAAGCAAUUCCCGGAACUACCGUGCAGCUUUUCUUAUCUAUAAAUAAUCGCGCGCACAAGCUUGCUUGAAAACAAGAAAGCGAUAAAUUAAG